AUGCUCCCUCUACCUCGUGAACCUCGUUGCUCGGAAUUGGCUAUUGGGCUUUAUUUAGCUAUUGCAGCGAAUUACAAGCUGGGGGCGAGCGUUAAACGUGGUAGAACUGACGGCAGAAACACGGCUACCGGACAUAUCAGUUUUGCGGAGUUCCUCCAGAACACCCAAGAAAUAAACGGGGAACCUUAUUCCUCUCCUGCUGCGCUAGCAGAACCUGAGCAGAGCAGCAAACUGGAACUGCCACCUGCCCGCUACUUUUUCGGAUAUGUGCUGGCUAAGGGUGAAGGAGUUGCGGGUAUAAGCGAGAACUCCUUGGUGCUUGUGAUAGCAAAUUUGGGCCCCCAGCGACAAUACGGAGGGAAGAUCCUAUUUUGCCAUUUUUACCUCUUGGUGUGCCAAAACAUAGGUAAUAUCGAGCCAGAAUGGCAGCAUCCACAGGAGGAGGAGGGGCUUCUACAGCCUCGAGUGAUCCAAGGACUGGCAAAAGCUUUGGCGAGAAUCCCUCAUUUGGUUGAGGGUUUGCAGUGCUGCAGUCUGAAGUUGAAACCAAGAGAUGGGGACAUACUGGGGAUUUGCUGCAAGAGUGUGGUGCGUUCUGACACUCCAUCUGGCAAACUGCACUUUGCACUACGGAUAAUAUGA